AAAGCAAGGCAGCACUGGAACUGGUGCACAUGGACCUGGUAGGACCUUUCCAGUUCAAGGAAAGAAGGGGGAAAGAUACUUCCUAACAAUAGUUGAUGACUGGAGUCGGCUGAUGUGGGUAUACCCGUUGAAGCAGAAGGAUCAUGCUGCCUCAACAAUACGAGAUGACUGGCUCCCGGCUGGGAAACUCCAUGUGGCCUCAUGCGGUGAGGCAUGCUACAGUGGCAAGGAACCGCGUACUCAUAAAGGUGGCUGAUGAUAUGUGGGUGCCGCUGGAGAGGUGGCUUGGAAAGAAGCCUCCAGUGGACAUGCUUAGAUGUUCGGAUGCAUGGCUGUGGCGCAUGUCCCUAAACCGUACAGGACAAAGCUUGGAGCAUCUGCACUGUGGUGUGUGCACCUUGGGCUUGCGGCAGGGAGCAAGGGGUGGCUACUCUGAGAGUCCUCAAAGAAUGUGUUGUUUGACGGUCGGGAUGUCAAAUUUGUGGAGAAACAUCAUAUAUGGCAAGUGGGAGAAGCAGCCGAGGCAAGGGUCACUCAGCAGCUGGAAGAGAUCACUAUGCACUUCGAUUUGUCCGAACCUGAGGAUAGCGAAGUCACUGCGCAAACGGCAAGCGGUACUGAUGAAGGAAGCAAUGAGGAUAUUGCAGCUGAUGCUGAAGUCAAGGAUCCGGAGCAGCAGCAGCAAGAGGCUUCCAAAACACCAAGUCUGCCAAAGCGAAGGAAACAGAUUGGUGGGGGGACAAAGGAUUGGGUGAAGGUGAAAGAAUGGGUAAAUCCAGCCACCUACCCUGCACGUACCAGAAUGGCAACGAGAAAGCUGCUGAGCUCUACAAGUGGAGGAGCCACAACUGAGCAACAGCAACAGGCUCAAGGCGAAGAUGCAGUGCUGUUCUUGGGUGAUGACCAAGAGUCAGAUGACGAGGAGCCUGCAUACUGCUUUUACGCACCAGUACAACCUCCGAGCAUGGAUCAUGCGCUAGCCGGGCCUCAACGGGGGAAGUGGCUCGUUUCGAGAGAUGCAGAGUACAACAGCCAGAUGGAGAAUCACACAUGGGACCUGGUAAACUUGCCAAAUGGGAAGAAGGCUAUACAGUGCAAGUGGCUGGCAAAAAUCAAGACGGAUGAGAAAGGAGAGCCAUCAGUUUACAAGAGCAGGCUGGUGGCAAAGGGGUUUCAGCAGAAAGAGAAGGAAGACUACAAAGAAGUGUUUGCUCCAACUGCUAAGUCUCCAACGCUACGUGUGCUGCUGGCGGUAGCUGCUGUGCGCAAAUGGAAGAUGAAGCAGAUGGACAUCGUAACCGCUUUUCUGUACGGCAUAGUGGAAGAGGAGGUGUACAUGGUUCAACCACCUGGCUAUGAGGAUGGAACCGGUCGUGUCUGCAAACUUAACAAGGCCAUCUAUGGCUUGAAGCAGGCCCCGAGAUGCUGGUACAACAGGCUGGCCAGUGCAUGGAAGGGAUUGGAUUCCGUGCGAGUGCAUGCGACGAGAGCCUAUUCCUGAUGGGCGAGGGGGAGUCGCUUGUGCUUCUGCUGGUGUACGUGGAUGACAUCCUGCUCUUCAGCAGCAGUGACAAGGAGAU